AUGAGCAGUGUUUAUUUUAUUUCUACAGCAUUAAAUCAUACGAAUGCUACAUAUGUUGACUUUGAAUACGUUUAUGCAGGUCCAUACGGUGGAUCUGCCAAUAUAUCAGGAAAAUUAGUUUAUCCAAGUCUCGAAAACAAUCUUCCACACUUUGGUGAAAGCGGAGAAGUAGUUGCUUACUACGAAGACGUUAUUUCCGUUGGAUCAAAGUGGGUUAUAAUGUACGGCCAUUGGAUUUGUGACGCUUUGGCACCAUUGUUAUUUCUUCCGCAGGAAAUAAUGAACAAAUCUAUAUUCCUACUUCCUGUUAACUCAUCCAUUUACAGAGAAGCUUUGGAAGUUUUCGGAUUUUCCAGCGAUAGGAUACUAUUUUUGGAACACAAUCAGUGGGUGUUUGCUCACCACUUCCAUACAGUAUAUAAUCCAGAGACUGUUCAGGGAUGCAUCCACAUCGGACUUAAAAAAUUAUCAAAUAUGAUGAGAAAACGGUUUAACACCACAAAUAUUGUUCCAACACGAUAUGGAUUCUAUAACAGGCCGAUGGGAAACAGACAUUUCUUUAAUUUCUUUGAAUUUUUGGAAAUAGCAAAAUUUAGAUUUCCAGAAAUAAGAAUUUUCGUAUUGGAAACACUGUAUCCUACAUUUAGAGAGUCUGUAAUUGCUUACGCAAGCUGUUUAAUGUAUUUCGGACCUACUGGCUCUAAUUUCGCAAAUCUUGUAUGGAUGAAUCCACACACAGUUUGCAUUGUUGGCUUUGGCAACAUGCACGAUGAUCCUGUCAUUGCAAACGCUUUGAUUAAGAACAUUUGGAUAGUUUCUUUUCAAGUUCCUGGAAUGUACCACCACGGAUCAUUUACAGGAACAAUUGAUUUCCCUCUGGCAAUAAAAGCCAUUAACAAAGGUCUUUUUGUGCUGAAGAAUCAAAGAUGGCCAGAAAACAAUGAAAUAAUAAAUGAUUAUUAA